GCGAUGUCUGGCAUUCCGAUCUACACGUCAAGUCCUAUCAACGCCUCAAAGGCAUCCGGUGUAACUCCUCAAACAGCUACGUCUCAAGAGCAAACUCCUCGCAAUCCGAUUCCUGCCACGGUCACUGCUACUUUUCCUUCUACUUACCCACCAGCCCAACCCGGUGCUUUUCCUUACCCCGGACCCACCGCCGCCCCAAACGCACAGGUACCACCUUUGCUCCCCACCCCUACCACUCGAGGAGGGGACGAAGGACCCCCUCGACCACAGCCAGGCGCGGCACCAACGCCAGCAAGCAGAACAACCAUGCCUCCUCCUCCCAAAUCUGGUGAGAAAUACCGGCCCCAAAUAACUGGGACCCCAGUUGCACCUCCUGCUACGGGACAACCAUCGCAGAUGGGGAUUCCUCCUCCAACACAACACAGAGCCCAACCUCAGGGCUCUUCAACAAGCACUACAAACACGGCAUCUGCAUCAUAUUCAGUGGCUAUUCCGUCUGCCGAAUUUGGAGCGCCACGCCGUAGCCUCGAACAUCCCCCGAAUUAUCAGCAGAAUGUGUUCGCCUCGGAACUGACGAGUGUCCAGAGAAGAGCCCAAGAAGCCAACACGUCACGAAUAGGGGCCCAAGAUACUUCGGAGAGCGUGGGGGGCAUGGACUUUCUAAAUACGGCUAAAAAGUGGGCGCAGCAUGCUGGAGAAAAGAUAUCAGAAGCCGAAGCGGAAGUCUGGCGGAGGAUCAACAAGGAAGAAUGACUGACUUGCUUCUCUUAUCGAUUGUUGAAUGACAGGGACAAACCUCAGGGGAGUUGUAUAGAGCAUUUCCCGCUUUGGAUCGGUCUUGCCCUAAAUGAUGGGUUCAAUCAACACCUCGAA